UAGUUGGGCCCUUUGCCCAAAGCCCAACAAUUAUUUUUACAAUUAUUAAACCCUAGAAAUCAUUUUUUUUAUAUGAACAAGAUAUAUAAGCUUCCCUUUGUCCUCCUUUUUGACAAUUCACCGUUCUUACACAUCCGAUCCAGUUAUGGCUGGACUGGCACCUGAAGCUUCUCAAUUUGAUGCCCGUCAAUAUGAUGCUAAAAUGACUGAGUUGCAAGCUGAUGGACAAGAUUUCUUUACAUCUUACGAUGAGGUUUAUGACAGCUUUGACUCUAUGAAUUUGCAAGAAAACCUGCUAAGAGGCAUCUAUGCUUAUGGUUUUGAGAAGCCCUCUGCAAUCCAGCAACGUGGUAUUGUGCCUUUUUGCAAAGGUCUAGAUGUCAUUCAACAAGCACAAUCCGGAACCGGAAAGACUGCAACUUUCUGCUCAGGGAUCCUCCAGCAACUGGAUUACACCCUAGUUGACUGUCAGGCACUUGUGCUUGCACCCACACGUGAACUUGCUCAACAAAUUGAGAAGGUCAUGAGGGCGCUUGGAGACUACCUUGGUGUGAAAGUUCAUGCCUGUGUUGGUGGGACCAGUGUACGUGAAGACCAACGGAUCCUUCAAAGUGGUGUUCAUGUAGUGGUGGGUACACCAGGACGUGUGUUUGAUAUGUUGCGCAGACAGUCCCUUCGCCCUGACCAUAUUAAGAUGUUUGUUUUGGACGAAGCUGAUGAAAUGCUCUCUAGAGGUUUUAAAGAUCAGAUCUAUGAUAUUUUCCAGCUGUUACCGCCAAAGAUCCAGGUCGGUGUUUUCUCUGCCACAAUGCCACCAGAGGCACUCGAAAUCACCAGGAAGUUCAUGAACAAACCAGUCAGGAUUCUUGUGAAGCGUGAUGAACUUACCCUUGAAGGCAUCAAGCAGUUCUAUGUCAAUGUGGACAAGGAGGAAUGGAAGCUAGAAACACUCUGUGAUCUUUAUGAGACAUUGGCUAUUACCCAAAGUGUCAUUUUUGUCAACACAAGGCGGAAGGUUGACUGGUUGACUGACAAGAUGCGUGGCCGUGACCACACUGUUUCUGCCACCCACGGUGACAUGGAUCAGAACACUAGGGACAUCAUCAUGAGGGAGUUCCGAUCUGGCUCCUCUCGUGUCUUAAUCACCACUGAUCUGUUGGCCCGAGGUAUUGAUGUUCAACAGGUGUCGCUUGUGAUAAACUUUGAUCUUCCGACUCAGCCUGAGAAUUACCUCCAUAGGAUUGGGCGUAGUGGCCGGUUCGGGCGGAAGGGUGUUGCCAUUAACUUUGUGACUAAAGAAGAUGAGAGAAUGCUUGGUGACAUACAGAAGUUCUAUAAUGUUACUGUAGAGGAGCUGCCUGCAAAUGUUGCAGAUCUUCUCUGAUGCGCUGGAGAAGUUGAAUGUUUCCCCUAUUCCUUUGACAUGGAGUUAGCUUGAUAUAUUAUUUAUUUUUAGGUUCUUUUUCAUGUGUAGUACAAAAAGGAGAUUCUGAUUUCCUUUCCAAUUUGGUCAUUGUUGAUGAAAUCGCUACUGUUACAAAUUUUGUUUGCCUCUUAUUUUUUUUUUUAAUUUAUUUUCUUAAAUAUCCAGAACAACUGCAGUAACGAGUGUUGUUUACAUUUAUGAUGACUUAAAUAGUAUUUUAUCUUCCUGCUUAGUUUAAUUAUUUUGUUUUUGGGCUGUGCUUUUCGUGCAGUCGUGUGCUUACUGAUUGGAUAACAAUUCAAUUAUUUUCAUCGUUUGUGAAA